AUGAACAAUUUCACUAAAGCCUUCUUCAAUGGAGAUUUUGAUAAAUCUUCAUCAUCUGAUGAUGAUAUAAUGAUGAUGCAACUGUUAACAACACAACAACAAAGAAUACAAGCAUUAACCCUAAACCAACCAAGUAGACAUGUUAGUUCCGCAAGUGGUCGUCGAUACAUUAAUCGUGAGAAGGUCAAAGGUGACGAACAAAUUUAUAAAGAUUACUUCAUAGAUAAUCAUGUCUACCCUGUAGAAUACUUCAAAAAACAUUUUCGAAUGAGGCAGUCAUUAUUUCUUAGUAUCUUAUAUGAUAUUCAACAAGUCAAUGAGUACUUCAUCCAAACCCAUGAUGUCACUGGUGCUCCUGGAUUAUCCGGUGUACAGAAGAUGACUGUUGUACUUCGGAUCCUACAAUAUGGCGUACCUACUGAUGAUGUAGACAUGUACAUUAGAAUUGGAAAAACUACUGUGAUUGUCGCAUUGAAGUUCUUUAUCAGAACGAUUGUUGCUAUCUAUGAAUGCAUUUACUUAAGAUCCCCAAAUGAGUCAGAUGCUGCCAAAUUAUUGCAAGUAGGAGAGUAA